AUGAAAUUAUUAAAAAUUUUAUUAAUAAUUAUUAAUAUUAAUAUUUUAUGCAAAAUUGUUGAAAGUUCCUCUGUAACAUGCUCUCAAAGUUAUGAAUGUGGUAAUGUUCCAUUUUCAAUUUGUAAAAAUAAAUUUGAUUUAUUUGAAGGAAUUGGUGUAGAUCCAGAACAAGGAAAAGUAUUUAUUAUGGGUAAAUUUAAUGCAUCAGGAGUUCAAUAUGGUAAUGUUACAAUUGCAUCAGUACCAAUGAAUGGAGUUGGAAUUUUAAAAACUGAAUUCACUAUUAAAUCAGAUGUUACCCAAGGUAGUGCCUUUAGAAAUACUUUCCAACUCUUUAAAUAUUUACCAAAGUCCAAAACUUUCCUAACUCAAGGUGGAGAACGUUUAUCAUUUGUUAUUGGUAUUUAUGAUGAAAAAAGCAAUAUUAAAUUAACUCCGCUAUGGUAUCCACGUGGAUAUAAAUUAGGGGCUUAUUUUGAUGAAGUCAACCAGUUGACCUAUACUUGUGAUUUUGAUUUAAAAAUUUUCCAAAAGAUUGUUAAAACUCAAGAUGACCUAUUUGGUAGUAAUAGUAGUAAUUCAAAGAUUAUUCAAAAUUCAACUCAAUGUUUUGCUCUAUCAAGUGCAUAUACUGGUGGUAAUUUUAACAAUACCAUUAUCUAUGUCCAAAAUAAAGUUAAUGAUACCGGUGUGAAAUAUUCAACCUUUUCAAUGGGCUCAGCAGAUUGUGUUUUAUGUCCAAGACAAUUUUUUAACCUUUAUCAAUUAAAUAAUGAAUGGGUUACUGGUUUCCAUAUUUUUAAAAAUAAAAUUUAUUACUCUAGUAAAAGUGGUAUCACUCAAAUGAAUGUCCCAGGUACUGAUCAAAGAUUCUUAUUAACAAAUGAAUCUGUCGAAUCAUUUGAAUUUGUAAAUAAUGAAAAAACAAUUUAUUAUAUUACAACAAAUGGUAAAAUUAAGAAAAUCGAUGUUGAAAAUUUAGUUUCAUCAACACUUUAUGAUUCAUACUCUGAUAAAUCAUUAGGUGUUUGUGAAUGUGCACCAGGUUUCUCUGGAAUUUAUUGUAAUCAAUGUGUUAAUGGUACAGUUCAAUGGGAAAAUGGUAAUCCAACAUGUGUUAAAAACACUGAUAAUGGUCGUCCUUCAGUUUGUCAAGCUGAUUGGCAAUGUGGUAACUCUCCUUACUUUUUAUGUUUAAAUAAUGAAUGCUUAUGUAGAAGUGAAUUCUUUGGCGAUAAAUGUAACCAAUGCCAAGGUAGAAUUUCAUGGGAAAAUGGUAUUCCAAUUUGUGGUUUCCUUCAUAGAUAA